AUGUGGUAUGUUUUUUUCCAAUGGAGUUGCCUCUAUACUGUAUCUCUACUGUUUAGAUGCCCCGAAUGCGACUACCUGAAUUCGAAUUCGGUAUGGGAAGCGAAAAAGCAUUGCACAAGCCAGCAUGGUCGAGGGGUCGAGCCGAUUAGUAACGAGGAAAAACAUAAGACACUCAUACUUGGUGAAUGUGGAAUAAACGAUGUUUCCCGGACUGGAAGCAGAAACGGCCACAAUGGUGGUCGACUGAUGACAAUUCAACGAACAAAUCAUUCGAUUUCCCAUUCCACUAAAGAAAACAAGGACACUAGAACAAUAGACAAAACGUUAGACAACGAUGAAGUGACAGCGAUGAUUAGGGAAGCAAUUCUUUGUCGAGAACCUGGCGAUUCAAUAAUUCGUGAUGAAGAUCGGGACGAUUCCGAGCCAAGAACGCCAGCCCCGGAAGGACUGCAUGUGGACGAUCGUACUUGUCAUUUGUGCUGGGAAGAGAGUCGGUACCCUGGAAGACACAUAGCACAAAAACACCUGAAAAAACCGUUGUAUGAGUGUCCUGUGUGCGAAGGUUUCGGCAGCUAUGAGGGGUGUACGGUACUGAAGCACAUCCACAAGGUGCAUCCUGACUGUCCAGAUGCGCAGCCACUUAGCAACCUAGAGCGGUAUGCGGACGAAAUACGUGAUCUUCAAAACCGAUGUUUCCCCAAUCGUCCGAUGAAACUCGUCCGGCCAAAGGAGAGCACUCGUCCGAGAGAGCGUCAUCAUUGUAAGAUUUGUGGAACGCAGGUAGCACAGUCCGAUCGCCAACGGCAUGUGUAUCACAGGCAUCUACAGCGUACACGUAUUUUUGAGUGCCCGUUGUGUAAUUUUGCGUCGAAUUAUGACGUUCAUAGAGUGAAAUGGCAUAUCAAGUGGAUGCACAAGGAUGACAAAGAGUUGGAACCGAUUUCCCACGAGAACGAGUACAGGAAGGAAAUUGACCAGCUCAACGAGGAAUGUUUCCCUGGUUGGCAACACCGUCGAAAACCUUUCUGGUGGUUGGAGAAUGAUGAGAAAAGGCCUGAGAUGAAACAUGAAGAGCUGGAGAUUGACGUGGACAGCAUCGAAAACGUCUCGGAUUGUGCAAAGGACAGCACCCCAAGUUCAAUUGGCAAUGAUGAAGAUGACUCAUUAUACGAUGAAUCAUUGGAUAAUAACAAGGAUCACGUUGGUCAGCCGAUGAAACGUGUCAGCGAAUGGACGUGUCGG